GGGGCUGUCACGUAAACGCGUUUACGUUUAUGUAGGUAUUGUACUCCACGGUGUUACGUUAGUGACAUGAUAACGUUCAUUACCGACUUUUUAUAGCCCCAGAUUGGGAUGAUACUUGGACAUACAAAGAGCCGCUUGCACUACUCGUGUGAUCCCUGAUUUUGGUACACGAUUCUACGUGCUUUUGCUUUUUUUUUUCAAAAAAAUUUGAAGACUUAUUGGAAAGCAAAAAAAGAACAAUGACGACAGCACGCUUCCAGCGACCGAAGCUUGCUGAUAUCGGUUUUACUACCGAUGAUAGCAGUGUAUUUUAUCGUCCACAGUGCUCCAAGUUCCCAUUGGUAGUCUUGGCCAUCUACCGGGCAGUUGUAGCCCUGUACGUGACUGGGUUCUUCAUUGUUGUAUUGGGCUUUUCCAUUAAGAACCAGGGUGGUGCAUCAUUUAUCUACCUGACAACGUACGCCUUCAUGAUCUUCAUUGCGUACAAUGUGGCGGCAACUGUUAACGUCAUCUGGGAUGGAUGUAUGAAGCGGAGAACUGCAGGGGAAGGACUUCUCCUCCGUCAUAAGACCCACUGGUUCCUCUUUGCCAUGACCACUGACAUAAAUUUCCUGGUGACGCUCGUGUACUGGUGCGCCCUCUACAUGCCCUCCCUCCCGCUCAUCUAUGAUCUGACCAUGCACACCUUGACGUCAGUAGUCUGUCUGCUGGACCUAGCCCUCACACCGGUGCCUGUCCGCCUCCUGCACUGCAUCUACCCCUUGCUCCUAGGCACCGUCUACCUGGCCUUCACCGUAGUCUUCUGGGCAGUGGGCGGCUACGGGCGUGAACCCAUCUACUGGCUCCUAGAUUACAGCAAUUAUCCAGGCCGGGCGGCUGGCGCAAUCGUGGGUAUCUUUGUGGCAUUGCUAUUCCUGCAUGUUGUUGUUUGGGCCCUGUACAAACUGAAACUCUGGAUCUGGUUCAAAUGUGAUGGUGGCACAAGGCCCCGCCAGAUGAGGGCAUCAGUAACCAGUGCGGAAGAACACUGCAUCGAACAGGAAAAUUUAGUCAAAGAUCCACCCACUGCAGAGCUGAUCGGAACACCCAAAGUAUAAGUUCAAAGCAUAUCCCUUCCAUAGUGUUCAUAGACAAGUCCAAUAGUCCAUGCCCAGAACAUGUAUGCAUGCAGGUACCUAUUAUCCCAGUAAGUUCAUCACAAGUCAUUAAGUUCAAAGUUAUGCUCAGCAAGCUGUUCCAAGUAACGAUAUUUGUGAAAAAAACAAAGUCCGUAAACAGCUAACUGUAGAUCUCUUCAAUGCGUACACCUGCUGGUCAAUUAGUCCCUCAGUCAUAUUCAUGACAGUGUUUUAGUCGAAACUAUCUCAAGACCUCUCAAAAGACCAGACACAAGACCUCACACAAGACCAGUCACAAGUAACAGGGUGACCACUGAUAAAGGAAUGCAUUUGUUACAUGUACAUUUCAUUUGACAAGCGUGGGACUUGAAGACAGAGUGGUGGUCUUGUGUUGGUCUUGGGGGGUCUAUAAAUGGUCUUAAGAGGUCUCGACUACGACGAUUCAUUGGCCAUAACAAUGUAUUGGUAACUUAACAGCCCCCUCAACUGUGUGUUGUGAAUCCAACUCUGAAAUGGUACUUUGUGAUCCAUAGCUGAAAACGAAUUGACCUAAUAAAGUCAUUGACCCUAUUGUGCAAAAGUAUCUUAUUUUCACUUGUCAUCUUAACUUAAAUAUAUUGUAUCUUUUAUUGGUUCGUGCUUGUUAGUACAUGUUUGGAGGAACCCAUACCUAUCUUCAGUAUCCUGAUAUUUAAUAUAUGAUAUUAAAUUUGAUCAAGAUGUGUAUUUCGCUGUACGUUGCCAAAGAAAAGUUCUAAAUGAGCAGGUGAUGUAAGUGCUUAUGAAUAUGAACGGUCAGUUGAUUGUUAUGCAUUACCAGAUCCUUGAGGUACAGUACUUACUGUAAUUAUUAAGCUAAAUGUAAUCAAGUCCUGGAAAAGUAUUAAAAGAUUGUUUUUGGAGCCCAA